AUGGCAGUUCCUUUUUCAAACACAAAACUGCGUGUCCCCAAAGGCUUCCAAAACAUCUUAGAAUGUCUUGCCAGGGAGGUGCUUCGGUCGCAGCCUGACAACAUUCAUGAAUUUGCAGCUGCUUAUUUUGAAAGCUUGUUGAAACGUCGAGAAG